CUGCUCCGUUGCUCACCUGCCUCCCCAGCGACCUACUUCUAUCUCGCCAGCUCCAGCUCCUCCAUCUUCCUUCCUUCAACCUCCCUCCAUCCCCCUUCCCCCAUCUCAUCUUCCUUCAUCUAUCAUCAGAAUUCUCAUCGAACUGCCGGCCAGCAGCGUUCUUUCAUUUCUGUGCCAUCAUGAAAGCCGUUCUCGGCCUCCUUCUCCCGCUGCUGGCGGCCGCGUCACCUGUGAUCGUUGACUCGAUCCAUAACGGUGCCGCUCCGGUCCUCUCUUCUGCUAACGCGAAGGAGGUCCCGGACUCCUACAUCGUGGUUUUCAAGAAGCAUGUCACAGCUGAAGCUGCUGCUGCUCACCACAGCUGGGUGCAGGACAUCCACUCCGAUGUUGAGAACCAGCGGAUGGAGCUCCGGAAGCGCUCUCAGUUCCCCUUCCAGGAUGAGAUGUUCGAGGGCUUGAAGCACACCUACAACAUCGCUGGCCAACUGAUGGGCUAUUCGGGUCACUUUGAUGACUCUGUUAUCGAGCAGGUCCGCAGGCAUCCGGACGUCGAAUACAUCGAGAGGGACGCCGAAGUCCACACGAUGGAAGACUCUUCCGUUGAGAAGAACGCCCCCUGGGGUCUGGCCCGUAUCUCCCACCGUGACAGCCUGAGCUUUAGUACCUUCAACAAAUACCUCUAUGCCAAUGAUGGCGGUGAGGGUGUUGACGUCUACGUCAUUGACACUGGCACCAACACCGACCACGUUGACUUCGAGGGUCGUGCCUCUUGGGGUAAGACCAUCCCUACUGGUGAUGACGAUGUCGAUGGCAAUGGCCACGGUACCCACUGCUCUGGUACGAUCGCUGGUAAGAAGUACGGUGUUGCCAAGAAGGCCAACGUCUACGCCGUCAAGGUGCUUAGAUCCAACGGUUCUGGUACCAUGUCCGACGUCGUGAAGGGCGUUGAAUGGGCCGCUACCGCUCACUCCAAGAAGAUCGAGGCUGCCAAGAAGGGCAAGGCCAAGGGCUUCAAGGGCAGUGCUGCUAACAUGAGUCUGGGUGGCGGCAAGUCUGUUACUCUCGACUUGGCUGUGAACGCUGCUGUGGACGCUGGUAUUCACUUCGCUGUCGCUGCUGGUAACGACAAUGCCGACUCCUGCAACUACUCUCCUGCUGCCGCUGAGAAGGCUGUCACCGUCGGUGCUUCCACCCUCGCGGAUGAGCGUGCUUACUUCUCCAAUUACGGAAAGUGCAACGAUAUCUUCGCUCCCGGUCUUAACAUUCUCUCCACCUGGAUCGGCAGCAAGUAUGCCGUCAACACUAUCUCCGGAACCUCUAUGGCCUCUCCCCACAUUGCUGGUCUGCUGGCCUACUUCCUCUCCCUCCAGCCCUCGAAGGACUCUGCCUUCGCUGUGGCCGACAUCACCCCGGAGAAGCUGAAGAAGACUCUGAUCUCCGUUGCUACCGAGGGUGCUCUUUCUGACGUCCCGUCCGACACUGCCAACGUCCUCGCCUGGAACGGUGGUGGCUCUGCCAACUACACUGAGAUUGUUGCCAAGGGUGGAUACAAGGUCGCUACCUUCGAGGAGAAGCUCACCGGUAUCAUGGACAAGGCUGAGAAGUUCACUGAGGAACUCGGCGCCAUCUACAGCGAGAUCAAGGACGCUGUCGUUGUGUAAACUCAAUGAUUCUUAAGCUUAUCACGAUCGGACACUAUAUAGGUGCUGGUGCAUGGGAAUGGCAGCAGAAUAGACACGCGGCGCAGGUUAUCCAUAUUUCUUUUUGUUUUUCCCCAUUUGACGUCUCUGAGCCCUAGGUUCAUCGGUUGAAUCGGCCUCUGUAUGUGUUGCUUUUCGGUUCUAGCAUUAAGUUGGCACAUGUGCUCCUUUGCCUACUCCCACCACUUGAGGAGUGAUCUAGACAGAUCGUAUUAGUUUGUGACAGACUGGGAUAUUGGAAUUUUUCGUGUUAUAGCCUUCGAGCCCUGGGGCGGCCAGGUAACAGAAUUUUGACUAUCAUCUAUCCAUUUUAUUGCUGUCGUAGUUUCGUUGUAGCUACAAAGUAUUUCUGU